CUCAACACUGCGGCUGAUUACCUGGCAAAGGCACAGGUCACCUGUACGAUGGUUGAUCUGGGACAACUGCUUAGGAGGUUCCAGGUGCUGCAGUACUUGAGCAGCAGGAGGAAGGAACCUUGGCCCAGACACCAGCACCUGCUGGAGCAGAUCAGCACCUGGCUCAACAGCGCCACCUGCAGCACGAUUCUGGUUGUAACAGCUGUGGAAAAUGUGAGGGCAGAGCUAGUGGCAAUCCUCAGCCAGGUACCAGUCUGUCCUGCAGUAGAUGUGUAGUAGUGUGCAGUCAGCAGGUGGAUGCUGGUUUCCCUUGGCAGAGGUUCAGAGUGGUGUUGGAGUUUGACUGUGUGGGUCAUUCUCCCAUCAGCAGUGUCUGUGCAGACAACAACAUCAACUACGUCAGUUUCAGUACUGCAGCACCACCUGCAGGUUCUGACCCCUCGGUGAUGUCCUCUCGUCCUGCGUAUCUGGACAGUGUUCCCUUUCUUGUGUUCAUCACACAGGGGUUACUGAUGCGCUCAGACCUGCUGCAGCUGCUGGAGUCUACGUACAACAUGACUCUGCUGGAGAGGAGCCACUCUCUGUCUCUGCAGCGGCUGGGGCCGACGCACCUGUAUGACAUCAUCACCGUGGAUGAGGGGACGGCCAUUCUGCUACAGGGGCUGGCUGAGUUGGAGCAGGAUAGAGCAUGUGAGCGUGUGGUUAUGAGGCUCUCAGCUCUCUCUCUGCAGUUCACACACUGCUGGGUUCUACUGCACUGCACUGACCAGCAUGACUCCCUUGUGUGUGGUGAGGUGUUCAGUAACCUGGUGCUGAUCUAUUCUGCCUUUGUGGUGUUUGGGCUCAAGUCUGAAGACCUGGAUGUAAAGGUGUUUCUCAUGUGUGAUAUAGAGGAUAUAGCGCAGUAUGUGCAUCAGAUCUGCCAACACACUCUCCUGAACUCAAAGAGAGACGUGCAGAGUUGGUUCAACCGAGACUGGUUCAGUGUGCUGCCUACUGAGACUAUCAUCCUCAUCCUCACCCCCAUCUUCCUCCCUGGCCUCUGGAAGGGGAUGAGCCUUGUUCAGCCUCAGCUCCUCCCAACACACACCCUCCCCCGCUGCUCACACACAGCCCCGGGGACUGCCCCGGGGCUGCCCAGCCCAAGGACGCUGGGCGCAGCAGCUGGUUUGGGCUGGACUGUGGAGACUCUCUGGGUCAAUCAGGGUCUGCCACAGCCUCACAGGCCUGGCUGGGAGACCACGUCCAGGAUGAGAGCUGCACAGGCCCCGUUGUUGUUGGAGAACAGGACCAGUGGGCAGGAGAAGCAGUACCAUCUCCAGGUCUCAGCUGCUACCCACUGGGGCCUCCUGUACAGUUGGAGCAGGGUCCCUCUGUCCCAGGGAAGAAGCUCCCCCGCAGUGCAGGGUGCAGAUGCACAGGCACGCUGCUCCAGGGUGGGCGGGCUCCAGUCUGGGCCCCGCCCCCCUGCCGCCAUACCCCUCCACAGCAGCAGAGCACAGGCGGUGUGUGUGGAGUCGGCAGCAGAGGGCAGCAGAGAGAGAGCUACAGCACCUCACCUCGCUGCAGAGGCACAAAGAGGAAGAGACCAGCCAGGGCGUAUGUGGGGAACAUCAUGCAAACAGGAUUUGGGGAAGGAGCUCAGAGCCUGGCUGAAGCUCAGAGAGGCAGGACGUCCUGGCACACUCGCUCCAACACUGGCUUGACGACUGCUCUACAGUUUCGGCUCUGGUUGUAUUCCGCACGAAUGCUGUAAGAAUUACACCUCUGAGCUAAAGCAC